GAGGUGCAGCACGAAGCGAAUCUCCAGCAGCAGACUUUAGACCUACUUCAGCCGCUGUGUUUGAGGCUCACUUCACUCGCCUGCCAACUCAAAGUUGUAUUAUAAUCUUUAAAGAUCCGUCAAAUUUGCACUUCUACUCUUCAGAUAUGUGUUUUCUGUGAUAAUCAUGUGGCUACUUUAUGAGACCGCGGUAAAGGAAGCAUCUUUCAUCCUUUGAAACGUUCAGACAACCUCCUCUAACCCAUGAUAAAAGCAGGAGCAUCAGCGGUAGACAUAUAUCAGAGUUUCUCAUGGAGAAGACACAUUACGAUUCUAUCCUGGACCGAAGCAAACGCAUUACGUGGCAGGACGACUGCUAUGUGGAUCUUCAGUCUACGACCUCAUCGCAAGCAGAAACGGAGGAUCUCGGUUGGAUCCAAAAGCAUCAAGACCAGCUGCAGAGCUUUAUUACGCCCUCCUUCCUGGGGGAGAUCUUAAACCACAUGAGAAACCUGGAUGUGCUCAGUUCAGCUGAGGAGACCAAGGUCAAGGAAGCAGGCCGACUGCAGGAUCAGGUUAACAUGCUCACCACUAUUGUCACUGCCAAGGACAGUCAAGGCUCUGACGUCCUUCAGGGUUUUAUAGAGAGCUCAGAUUCUCAGGUUGCCCAGCUCAUCAUUAACCAUGAUGCCAGUAAAGAGCACAAGGAGGUCCUCUUACGCCGAUAUGAACAGUACAGAGACAGAGACUCAAUCAGCUGCCCCAGACUUAACAUCUCAUCAAGAACCUUACUACUUGUCGAUGGACUUUCUGACCUCCAACAAAAGGAGCAUGACCUGAUGCAGGUGGGAGUGACUCGAGGAGAGAAAAGAAAUCAUCUUAGGCAGCUGGGGUUAGCAAAAUUGUUUGAGCCCCUUACCCGAGUCAGUAUGCCCCCUAGGGUCUCCCUCACAGUUGGGGUAGCUGGUAUCGGCAAAACAACCUGGGUGAGACACUUUGUCCGGCAGUGGUGCCAAGGGAUCAUCUGUACAGACAUAAACUUUGUGCUACCGUUCACAUUUGCCGAGCUGAACUUGCUGGACAAGCUUUCUGCUGAGAGGCUGGUGAAAAUGGCUUUUCCUCAUAUAUCUGAUCCCAGUCUGGUCCUGAACAGCUCCUGUCGGACUCUGCUCAUACUUGAUGGUUUGGACGAAUUCCGCUGCAAAUUAAAUUUUUCCGACGCAGCUUCUUGCAGCGACCAAAAAGAAGUGCCUAUUGACGACUUAGUUACCAACAUCAUUCGAGGGAAUCUGCUUCCCGAUAUAGCAGUCUGGGUGACUUCCAGGCCAAGAGUAGCUUCCCAUCCCGGAGGUCUGGUUGACAGGGUGACUGAGAUCCCAGGAUUUAGUCCUAAGGAUAUAGAGAUCUUUCUGAAUCACCAUUUCUCUGAGAAGGAUUUUGCCAGGAAAAUAUGGUCACACUUGGAAUCCAAUAAGAUCUUGAUGGUGAUGUGCUACAUACCCUGCAUUUGCUGGAUAGUAGCUGAUACUUUGUUAUACAUCAUGCAGAAUGAAGCACAGGAGAGUCUUCCGAGGACUUGCACUGAGCUGUAUGCCAAUUUCUGUUCAAUGAAAGCAGAAUUGGGCGAACCAAGAGGCAGAGAGCCUGUAAAAACGGAGCAACUUCACGGGAGCAAUCGGAAACUGCUGGGGAAUCUCGGACGACUGGCUUUCUAUGGGCUUCUUAAACACAAGUAUGUCUUCAGUGAACAAGACCUCAAGAACUAUGGGAUUGAGCUACUGCUGACUCAAAGCAGUCUCGGUUCUGGAGUUCUUGUUCGAGAGGAGUCAACCAUCAGCACGACGUUCCGCUUCACACAUUUGACUCUGCAGGAGUUUCUUGCAGCUACCUUCUACCAUGUUUCCUCAAAGCGGGCAAUCUUUGACUUGUUCUCUGAGAGCUCCAUGUCCUGGCCCAAGAUUGGUUUCCAGAACCACUUCAGAAGUGCCUUUCAGCACUCACAACAAGCUGAGGAUGGUCACCUGGAUGUGUUCGUACGCUUCCUAACAGGCCUGCUGUGCUCAGCUGCAAUCAAACCUCUUGCUGGACUUCUGGCCCUCGGGAAAGACGAUGGCAACAACAAGGCAUGGGCAGCAGGGUUUUUGCAGGGUCUGUUGGUCAGCGGGGGUGCUGUGGUGUCCCUGCGUGCAGUCAACCUAGCUUACUGUUUACAGGAGCUGCAGCACACAGAGAUGCUGCGGAGCGUAGAGGAGGAUUUACGGCUCAGCAGUCUAGCGGGAAAGUUAACGCGGCCUCACUGUGUGGUGCUGGGUUACCUGCUCCACGUGUCUCCGGAGUGCAGCGAACAAACCAACCUGACAGCCUCUCUGAACGCCUCGACAGUGAAAUGUUUGCUCCCGCAGCUGCUGUACUGUAGGCAUCUAAGGUUGGAGAAUAAUCACUUUAAAGAUGAUGUCAUGGAGUUGCUGGGAAGUCUCCUGAGUGCCAAAGACUGCCAUAUCCAAAAAAUAAGUCUGGCGGACAAUGCCAUCAGCAACAAAGGAGCCAAAGCCCUGAGUCGAGCCCUCUUGGUGAACCGCACGCUGACUUCUCUCAAUCUUCGGAAUAACAACAUCGGCUCCAAAGGUGCAAAGUUCCUAGCAGAGGCUCUGAAAAUGAACCAAGUCCUGACAUCAAUCAACUUUCAGAACAACGCCAUCGAGGAGGAGGGUGCUCAGUCGCUUGCAGAAGUGCUGCAGUGCAACCGCAAACUGGUGUCUCUGAAUAUACGGAAGAAUACAAUCGCAGCAGGUGGAGCCAAAAGGAUUGCAGAAGCACUGAAGACCAACCGGACUCUCACAAAGUUGAUCCUUUGUGGUAAUCAGCUUGGGGAUAAAGGGACGGUAGCUCUGGCCGAGGCUUUGGCGGUCAACCACACUCUUCUCUCACUCCAACUUCAGAGUAACUCGAUCAGCAACAAGGGCAUGACAGCCUUAACCAAAGCACUGAGGCUGAACCAUGGCCUUGUCUCCUUGAAUCUGAGGGAGAACUCCAUUGGGGUAGAGGGAGCAAAGAACAUGGCCCAUGCCCUCCACGAGAACAACACUCUGCAGGACCUCGAUCUCACAGCCAACCUUUUGCAUGAUGACGGAGUUCAAGCUAUCGCUGGUGCAAUCAAGUUUAAUCGAGGCCUGACCUCCUUGCAUCUGCAGUGGAAUUUCAUCAAGUCCACGGCCACUAAAGCUCUGGCCCAUGCACUCCUCUCCAAUUCCACAAUGCAACUCCUGGAUCUUCAAGAAAAUGCUAUCGGGAAUGAAGGAGUCACUUAUCUUGCUGAGGCUCUGAAAACCAACACGUCACUGCGCACUUUAUGUCUUCAGGGAGUCUCAGCAGGGAUGAGUGGCGCCAUUAAAAUGGCAGAAGCUCUGAUGACCAACCAGACCCUCCAAACAUUAGAUCUGCGUGGGAACACUGUAGGAAUGGAGGGAGCCAAGGCCCUGGCCAACGCCUUGAAAUCCAACAGAAGCCUCAAGGCGCUGAAUCUGCAGGAGAACUCUCUGGGCAUGGACGGAGCCAUAUUCAUUGCAACAGCUUUGAAGGGAAACCACCAACUGACAUACAUCAAUUUGCAGGGAAAUGGCAUUGGAGAAUCUGGAGCUAAAGUCAUAUCUGAUGCUAUAAGAGCCAGUGCCUCUGGCUGCGUGGUGGACAUCUAGCCCACCAGAGAGAGCAGCCGUCACUGAGGAGGGUCAUGCUACCAGCAUGGGGAUAACAGCUGCUGUUGUUAUACAAAGCAGAUGUAAACUAUGUAAUUUAACUCAUUCUGUAUAAUAGUUCUGACAAGUUAUUUGGUGCAUUGCAUUUUUAUAUAGAUUCUGUAAUAUUUAUUAGAUGACUAAACAGCUGUUUUGAAGCUGCAGUUCAGCUUUAGACAAACACUUGAGAAGCACAAUAUGUAAUGUAAUAAACACACAUUAAGCUCAGGAAGUUAAAGUAGAGCAGAAUUCCUCCAUUAAGGUGCCAUUUUGUACAUUUGCUCUGUUUGCACAAUUAAAUGUGGCAAAAAAAAAAGUAAGUUACUUCAGGAGGACCAAACUGGUUUUAUAACCUUUGUUGUUCUAUUUGGUUUAUUAUGCCUGUCUUACAAGUGUUAAAUACCAGAAAUACUGACAUGACACAAAUACACUCCAACUGAGCAGAACUGAG